AUUUCGGGGAGACGUCAGAUGGUGGGAGGCCACGAUGUCGAGACGUAAAGACGAUUGUAGCUCGCUGAGUAAGAUACAACUUCGGUUCACUUGGUUGCUACCUACACUCGAUUGUGCAAUUUGAAUCCAUUUCUAAGAACAAUUGGACUUCUCGUUGAACUUCCACUUUGAAUACUUGUGAAAAUGGACUGCAUCCGACAAAACAUUGGGGCUUCCAAGAAUACUGUAGAAUUCACCAUCAAUGGACAAAUUUAUACUGUGGCAGAAAAUAUUCACCCUGGAACAUCCCUGAAUGAGUUUAUUCGUGAUUACGCAAGAUUACGAGGAACUAAGGCUAUGUGCCAUGAAGGAGGCUGUGGUGCAUGUAUUGUGUCUAUAGAUAUCAAGGGUGAGGUAAUGUCUGUGAAUUCUUGCCUGAUACCAAUUUUGAUUUGCAAUGGAUGGGCUGUUAAAACCAUUGAAGGUUUAGGUAACAAGCAAGAUGGCUAUCACACUUUACAGGCAGCAUUAGCAGAUAAAAAUGGUUCUCAAUGUGGCUAUUGUUCACCUGGAAUGAUAAUGAAUAUGUAUAGUCUUUUACAAGGCAAACAGUUGACAAUGAAAGAAAUAGAAAAUUCUUUUGGAAGCAAUAUAUGCCGUUGUACAGGUUAUCGUCCUAUUCUUGAUACAUUCAAGAGCUACGCUAAUGAUGCACCAAAAGACUUCGUAAAAAGUAUUCAAGAUAUUGAAGAAUUAUACAACAUAAGAACUUGUAAAAAAACCGGGAUGCCGUGUGAAAAUGGUUGUAAUGGUUGUCACACACGAGUUCAAGACACGAAUGAUAAAAUUGACAUGAAAUUGAGUGGCUGUGAAUUUCAUAAAGUUUUGUCAAUUGAUGACUUGUUUGAAAUAUUUCAAAAAUAUCCAAAUGCCAGUUACGUUUUACAUGGUGGUAACACCGCACAUGGUGUAUAUCGAUUGAAAACACCCGAUAUCACUAUUGAUAUAAAUGAUAUACCUGAUUUGCGUAACGUAAAAAAAGACAAUAAUACUUUAACUAUUGGGGGCAAUGUUUCUCUUACUGUAGCGAUGCAAACGUUUGAAAAAUAUUCGAAAGAACCAAAUUUCGAAUACUUGCAUCAUUUGGCCAAACAUAUCGAUUUAAUUGCUAGUGUUCCCGUGAGAAAUGUUGGAUCUGUAGGAGGAAAUUUAAUGAUCAAGCAUGAGCAUCGAGAGUUUCCAUCAGAUCUGUUUUUGAUUUUCGAAACUGCAGGAGCGCAGUUGCAUAUAGUGGAAGCUAAUGGCGAGAAGACUAGUAUGACUUUGUUGGAAUUUCUGGACUUCGAUAUGAAGCAUAAAAUUAUAUACAGUAUACUUUUACCUGCCCUUGGUAAGGAAUACGAAUACAAAUCUUACAAGAUAAUGCCACGAGCACAAAAUGCUCACGCCCAUGUGAACGCAGGGUUCUUAUUUAAAUUGGACGGAACUGGGAAAGUUCUGGAAAAACCAAACAUUAUAAUUGGCGGAAUAACCAAGGAUUUUCUACAUGCAUCGAAGACUGAAAACUUCUUGGUCCAGAAAUCCAUUUUCGAUAGGAACGUAGUUAAAGAAGCUAUAGCAAAGUUAGACGCGGAACUUCAACCUGACCAUAUAUUACCUGAUUAUUCCCCAAUAUUCAGGAAGACGCUUGCAGAAGGGCUUUUCUUUAAGUUUAUUUUAAGUAUUAAGCCGGAAAAUGUGGAUUCAAGAUCACGCAGUGGUGGAUCCCUUUUGGAACGUGAACUUUCUUUAGGCAAGCAAACCUUCGGUACGGAUAAGAAUGUAUGGCCUUUAAAUCAACCUAUGCCAAAAAUGGAAGCUGUAUACCAAACAUCAGGCGAGGCACAAUACGUGAACGAUAUUCCACCAUUUCCAGAUGAAGUCUUCUGUGCUUUCGUCCUUACCACAGUAGCUAAUGGCAAAGUGGAGAAUAUUAAUGCUUCUGAAGCAUUGAAAAUGAAAGGAGUAAUAGCUUUCUACACUGCCAAAGAUAUUCCUGGGAAAAAUGUAUUUGUACCAGCAAGUGCACAGGAACUAAUGAUGAAUUAUGAUGAAGUACUGUUUGUAGAUAAAAAUAUUGAGUUUGCUGGACAACCAGUUGGAGUAAUUGUUGCAACAAGUCACGCAAUUGCUAAUCAGGCAGCACAGAUGGUGCAUAUUUCUUACGCUGAUGUUGCACCAGAAAAAUUUCUAUUAACAAUUGAAGAUGUACUUUCUUCGAAUAAUGAAUCUCGGGUGCUUGAAUCGAUUAACGUCAAAGCACAGAAGAAAGGAAAUGAUGUAAAGCAUGUGAUAAAAGGAGUAUUUCGAAGCGGAGGUCAAUAUCAUUAUACAAUGGAAACUCAAACUUGCGUUUGCGUGCCAAUAGAAGACGGAAUAGACAUUUUUCCGGCCACUCAAUGGAUAGAUCUCACUCAAGUAGCUAUAGCUCAAUGCCUUGGUGUGAAGAAUAACAGUAUUAAUAUUAACGUGAGGAGGCUAGGCGGUGGUUAUGGUGCAAAGAUAUCCCGUGCUACACAAAUUGCCUGUGCUUGUGCCUUAGUAUGCUACAAGUUAAAUCGACCAACUAGAUUCAUUAUGUCGAUGGAAAGUAACAUGCUUGCUAUAGGAAAGCGAUAUGAUACUCGUCAAGAAUAUGAAAUUGGUGUAGAUGACAAUGGUCGCAUUCAGUAUUUGAAUUCAAAAUAUUGGGGAAAUAGUGGUUGCAAUUUUAACGAACCUCAUGCACCUGUGGCUGGGUAUCAUUUUCCAAGUUGUUAUGAUAAUUCAACUUGGACCUAUCAGGGCUUUGAAGUCAAAACUGAUUUGCCUUCCAACACUUAUUGCCGAGCUCCAGGUUCAACAGAAGCUGUAGCUAUGGUGGAAAAUAUAAUGGAACACAUAGCAAAAUCAAUUGGAAAAGAUCCAUUGGAGGUUAGAUAUAUGAACAUGACUGAGGACCAUAAGAAAGUGUUACAAUCUAUGAUAAAAGAACUGUGUCAAAAUGCAGAUUACAAUAUUAGAAAAAGAGCUGUAGACACUUUUAACAAUGAAAAUCGAUGGAAAAAAAAAGGAAUAGCUUUGUUACCCAUGAUGUAUCCUUUGGGUCUUUGGGGACAAUUUCACGCACUAGUUUCUAUUUAUGCACGAGAUGGUACAGUUUCUGUUUCUCACGGAGGAAUUGAAUGUGGUCAAGGAAUUAAUACUAAGGUAGCUCAAGUAGCAGCACAUACAUUAGGUAUCGAUUUAUCGUUGGUUACUGUUAAACCAACCAACAAUCUAACAUCUCCAAAUAAUUUUGUUACUGGUGGUAGUAUCACUAGUGAGACUUGUUCAUAUGCAACUAUGAUGGCUUGUAAAGAAUUGAUAAAUAGACUAGAACCUAUUAAAAAAGAGAUGGAGAAUCUUUCAUGGCAAAACUUAGUAAUGGCAGCACAUUCGAAAGAUGUUGACUUGUGCGCACGAUAUAUGUUUACUGCAAAAGAUGAGAUAAAAAAUUACCCCAUAUAUGGAGCAACUAUAGCGGAAGUUGAAAUCGAUGUGUUAACUGGACAGCAUAUUGUGCACAGAGUAGAUAUAAUUGAAGAUGUUGGAAGAAGUAUGAAUCCAGAACUAGACGUAGGGCAAGUUGAAGGUGCUUUUAUAAUGGGUCUCGGGUACUGGACUUCUGAAGACCUAAUUUAUGAUCGAAAAACUGGUCUAUUGACAAAUAAUAGAAGUUGGAAUUAUAAGCCACCAGGUGUAAAGGACAUUCCUGUUGAUUUCCGAAUUUAUUUCCCUAAAAAUAAUUCUAAUCAAUUAAGUGCUCUUCGCUCAAAAGCUACUGGUGAACCACCAUUAUGUAUGUCUUAUGUUAUACCUAUUGCAAUUUGGAAUGCACUAAAUUCAGCAAGAAAAGAUGCUGGACAUAAAGAUCUAUCCAGCACUUUAGGUGGUCCUAUUACUACAGAAAAGAUCUUACUAAACAGUUUAACUAAUAAAGAAAAAAUGGUAUUUUAAAAUAAAGAUUCCUUUCUUUUCUUUAAUGAAACAUACCUGCAUUGUUAAACGUUUAUCCUACAACCAGUUAUAAUGUUCAGUGU